AUGGAUUUUCUGAUGGGGCUAUCGAGAACUGAGCUGAAGCACGACGCCAUCUGGGUAGUGGUGGACAGGUUGAUGAAGUCCGCGCACUUCAUACCAUUCCGUGCGACGUAUUCUCAGAAGAUUCUAUCAGAAUUGUACCUGGAGCACAUCGUGAGGCUACACGGAGUGCCAUUGUCUAUCACGUCAGAUCGUGACACCCGUUUUAAUGCAAGCUAUCAGGCCAGUAUUGGAAUGGCACCGUUUGAAGCUCUAUAUGGUCGUCCUUUUAGGUCACCUGAAGGCGACUUUGUUUUGCUGAAGGUUUCCCCAUGCAAGGGAGUUGUUCGAUUUGGUGUGAAAGGAAAACUUGCACCAAGGUAUGUGGGACCAUUCCUGAUCGUGCAACGAAUUGGAGUGGUGGCUUAUCGGUUGGCUUUACCGCCUGAAUUAUCUCACUAUGACGCUUCGUACGAGGAGGCACUAGUUCAGAUUCUUGACCGGAAGAUAAAGAGUCUGCGUCAUUGUGAGAUUCCUCUAGUAAAAGUAUCAUGGCAGCACCAUGGAGUUGAGGAAGCAACAUGGGAGCUUGAAACGAUGAUGCAGGAGCAGUAUCCGUAUCUGUUCACACUUUGUGGUAGGCUUUAA